UUGGAUUUGUUUCUGCUGAACCAUGAUGGGAACUCUGAAAAGCAGUUUAAACUAAAAACACUUUGAGAAGCUUGGUUAUAAUGGUUUUUGAGAAUUCUCAAUUGUGCUAAAUACUUUGCAUUUAUACAACAUUAUUCUAUAAAGGAGCCCCACCACUUCCUCAUCCCCUAAUUGCCUAUAUCUCAUAAAAAGCCUGGACACUCUCAUUUGUGGGCCAGCAGGAAAUUCAGACUGUGCAAGCCCUGGCUUUUGUGUGGGAACCCUCCAGCUUCAUCUCCUUACCACCAAAAAGCCAAGCCAAUAUCCUUUCUCUGCUCUCUUAAGCCAUCCUUGAGCCUAUUUGAGAGCCUGCCCUGCUUUUUCCCAGAAAGCCUCAUUAUGUGAAUAAUAAACUUCUUUCAUGUUCUCUGGGUUUGUGUGUCAUCAGUCUUGACUUUCAAGCUAAAUUUUGGUUGAUGGAUUCAUCCUGUCCCUGUGGAGUGAUUAUAAUAAUUGACCCUGUGAGCAGAACAUCAAGGCACUGUCCAUCACUAUCGGGGGUCUUUCUUCUAUUGCUUUGGCUUCUUAAAUGGCUCUGAUGUACGCACUUUGAGUUACUGCCUGCUAGUUUGUGCUUUUAUCUUGCUUCUUUGUGCUGCAUCCAUGCUAAAGAUUUGACCAACAUAGGUCAGUUUAGCAAGUUGGCAUAUAGUGAAAGGAUUAUUGGAUUGGAACCCUCCUAAAAGUAGUGUUGAAUCAUGUGUCUCAACCUGGACCUAUUCGUGAAUCUCAGAUUGAACCAUGUAUCUCAAUUCCAAAAUAAGCUGUGACUGACUGACACUAAGCUCAAGGAAACAACUCUCACCUUGUAAACACUGGUUAUGUCUCAACCAGUUGUUGGCCCCAUUUCUAUAUAGAGCUUGGGAGAAAGGCCGAUAAUCUGUUUGAUAUACAGGGCCAUUGGGUGGUCACUCAUGUGAAGGAAGAACAGCUACUGUAUUGGAUGCUGAAGUCAUACUUCUAAAAGUAAAACGACUUGCUAAUACCUUAUAAAAUGCUUCUGCUGCUGACCAUGGCUCUGUCACAAACAAAAAUGAUCCUGACCCUCAGGAUACUGGAAAAGAACAUCUGAGUCACCUCUGUGACAAAGUGAAUGUAUUAAUUCAACCAUUGCCAUGGGGAAGUCUGUAACACUAAUGGUACUGGCUUGAUUUGAGGUCUCUGCAAGAAGAAACUUAUAAAAACUUUUAUCUAUAUGUUCAACACCAUCUGAGGAUACAGUGUAGCAGAACAAAACACAAAACCCCAAACUUUAAAUGUCCUCAAAAUUAAGAAGUCCAAAAAACUUGGGACAGCCAAGAAGAGUCUAAGAAGGCAUAACAUGGAAUGACUAAAUUUGAAGGAGUAUCCUGGAUGAGAUCCUGGGACAAAAAGAGGACAAUAGGUAAAAACUAAGGAAAUCUGAAUAAAGAAUGGACUGUAGUUAAUAAUACUGUUUAAGUGUUGGAUCACUAGGUUGAACAAAUGUACCAUACUAAUGUAUAAUGUUAAUAAAUGAGUUGUAUAGCACAUGAGUAUUAUCUUCACAAUUAUUUUGUAAAUGUAAAACUGUUCUAAAAUUAAAAAAAAAAACUUUUUAAAACCCCACAAAAUAUUAGGUGAUGAGAUCUGUGAGACAACAGAAUUGAACACUGCAUGGGGGUGGUCAUGUGGAAUGGUUUGGAGGAAACACGCUCUCACUGCCAUGUACACCACAAGAAUUGAACCGGAGAAGAUGAAGAAGAGUGGAAGGUCAGUUUGGGAAAACUCUUUAAUGGGUCUUGUGGAAGCAUUACCUUUCUCUACCCAGAGCAUCUAGACAACUCUGCAUCCUUCCCCUCCCCCCAUGAAUUUUCAGUUAGUGCUUUGUGAUGUCAAGCCCCCCCGGGGCUACCAUUGGCUGAAGAAAUUUCUUGCUGACCAAUCAAAACUGAUGGGCGUGGCCCUUCAUUGUUCUGGGAGUAUAUAUAUAGAGAGGCUAGGCGCCUGUAGGCCUUAGUUGCUACAACAUGGCAGAGGUUACUGAGGAACCUCAGGAGCCUAGUUCCGACUCAGAGAUAGAAACCAGAAGUUUGACGCAAGAGAGCCCAAGUGUCAAAGGAAGGAACUGGAAGAUCUCCUGUGACCUUGAUGACCAUGAAAAGGAGAAGGUUAGGAAAAUAAUCAAGAAAAUAAAGCUGGCCCUUCAGCAGAAUUCUGAAAGGUGUAAGAAAGGGAAGAAGUCCAUGAUACUUGUCUGCUACCACCGGCGGAAUAAGAAAAAGAAUGAAAAUCAGUCAAAAGAGGAUGAAGAAGUCCAGGAGAGUAAUUCCUCUCCAAGCACUUCCCUUGGUCCACCUGGACCCUGCGACCUUGCUGUCUCUGUUGAUACUCCAGAAAAAGCUCUGGAGAAAUGGUCAGAUGUGUAGAGGUCAAACUUACACCAGACCAACUGAAGUACUCAGAUGUUGAUGAUUAAACACCAAUCAAUGAGCUGUAAAAAGAUGUGUGUGUAUUUGUGUCUGUUCUUUGAUAAUGGGGAGGGAAGGAGGAAAGGGGCAGGCGUGUGAAAAGGGAGGAAGGUGGAAUCCUGCCAGUUUCAGGCCCAGACCAUCCAGUCCAUAGUUAGCCAGACACUGGGAAUAAGGAUUAGAUGAGGACUGAGUACUGAAAACAAAUUACUUCCAGAGCACUUUAUCCCACUGGUGAAGAAAAGGACCUGGUGUUUCUGUGUGUGUUUGGUAGGUCCGAGAUGGGGAGGAGGGUGGU